AUGACCUCCGAGUCCAGCUCCGGCGACGAAGCCUCCGACCCGAAGCCCAACCCGAUCACUAAGCCCCCGGAGGGCCAAUUGUCCGCCCUCGCGUUAUCCGACACCGACGGCCAGGAAAACGGCGUCGUAUAUGAAACGCCGCGCGGGAAUGAGAUCAAGAACGAAGAGGAGGCGGCCCUGACCAAUUCGGCUCCGCCUGGUCCGGCCGAGGCGGAGGAAUCGAGCGAGGGCGGAGGAGGAGGUGGUAGCGGUGGUGGUAUUGUGUGGGCGAGGACCAAUUCGGAGGUGGAGGUCGACGGGCCAGAGAGCCCUAGCAGCAGCGGAUAUGCUGGCGGCCGAGGGAGUAGUAGUGCCAGUAGUGAUGGUUCAGGGAUUGAUGAGAUUGCGGAAGUGAGGAAUCAUGGGGUUGUUGACGGUGUUUUGGAAGCGCAGACGCCGUGGGUCCCCGGAAAACGGCAUGUUGAUGAGGAUGAUGCUUCCAUAUCAUGGAGAAAGAGGAAGAAGCACUUUUUCAUACUAAGCAACUCUGGAAAACCAAUAUAUUCUAGACAUGGAGAUGAACAUAAACUAGCAGGAUUUUCAGCAACAUUACAAGCCAUAAUUUCCUUUGUUGAGAAUGGUGAGGAUCGUGUCAAAGUGGUUAGGGCUGGGAAGCAUCAGGUGGUUUUUCUUGUCAAGGGACCAAUCUACCUAGUAUGCAUCAGCUGCACAGAAGAGCCUUAUGAGUCUUUAAGAAUGCAAUUGGAACUUAUUUACGGUCAGUUGCUGGUUAUUCUUACGAAGUCAGUAAAUAGAUGUUUUGAGAAGAAUCCAAAGUUUGAUAUGACACCUUUGCUGGGUGGAACGGAUAUUGUCUUCUCUUCCCUCAUCCAUUCUUUCAGCUGGAAUCCUGCCACAUUUCUUCACGCAUACACUUGUCUUCCCCUUGCUUAUGCGACAAGGCAAGCUGCUGGUGCAAUAUUGCAAGAUGUUGCUGAUUCUGGUGUUCUCUUUGCAAUAUUGAUGUGCAGACACAAGGUUAUCAGUCUUGUUGGUGCCCAGAAAGCGUCUCUUUACCCUGAUGACAUGCUGCUACUAUCCAACUUUGUUAUGGCAUCAGAAUCAUUUAGGACGUCUGAAUCUUUCUCACCAAUUUGCUUGCCAAGAUAUAAUCCCAUGGCAUUUUUGUAUGCUUAUGUCCAUUAUUUCGAUGCUGACACAUACUUAAUGUUGCUUACCACUAGUUCAGAAGCCUUCUAUCAUCUCAAAGAUUGCAGAAUUCGCAUUGAAAUGGUCCUUUUGAAGUCGAGUGUUCUCAGUGAAAUUCAGAGAUCCAUGCUAGAUGGUGGGAUGCGUGUUGAGGAGUUGCCUCUUGAUCCUUUACCUCGAUCUGGAUCUUUUUCUCCUCAUUUGGGUCAUCACACACUUCCAACAGAUUCUCCAGACAGGUUCAGGGAACCGUAUGAUGGCGUAGGUGGUCCUGCUGGACUCUGGCAUUUUGUAUAUCGUAGUAUCUUUUUGGAUCAGUACGUGUCUUCCGAGUUCUCAGCACCAAUAAGUAGUCCUCGUCAGCAGAAAAGAUUGUAUAGAGCUUAUCAGAAGCUUUACUCUUCCAUGCACGAAAGAGGAAUUGGGCCUCACAAAACCCAGUUUAGAAGAGAUGAAAAUUAUGUUCUACUCUGCUGGGUCACCCAGGAUUUUGAGCUUUAUGCAGCAUUUGAUCCACUUGCUGACAAGGCAUUAGCAAUAAAAACUUGCAACCGUGUUUGUCAGUGGGUAAAAGAUGUGGAAAACGAGAUUUUUUUGCUGGGUGCAAGCCCCUUUUCAUGGUGAUACCCCUCUUUAUAUUGUGUAACACCGCAUGUACCAUAGUUUUGCUUAUUUAAUAAGAUUCGAGUAGUUGUUUCUCUUUUUUCACUCUUAGAAUUAGUAUGAGAUGGUUCUUAUAUUUUGCCAAUCUGUUGCUUCAGCUUAAAAAAGUUUGCAUCUGUCAACAAAUGUAAAAGCAAUUAAAGAAAAAAGAGCUAUAGAUUAUACUUUGUUCUUCCACGGAAGUGAUGACUUACAAG